AUGUCGAAGAUCGACAAGCUCUCCAUCCUGGGAGUCCGGUCCUUCGACCACCAAUUGGCCAUGAACAUUCAGUUCCAUGCACCACUCACGCUCAUUGUUGGCUCAAACGGUUCGGGCAAGACGACCAUCAUUGAAUGUCUCAAGUAUGCCACGUGCGGGGUGUUACCGCCAAACUCUGCCAAGGGCAGUUCUUUCGUCCACGAUCCGGCCCUCACCGGCGAGAAGGAAGUGAUGGCUCAGGUGAAGAUCUCGUUCACAUCGGUCGAAGGCAUGAAGAUGGUCUCAACACGAAGCUUGCAGCUCACCGUCAAGAAAGCCACCCGGUCUUGCAAAGCGCUCGAAGGCUGUAUUCGCAUGCUGAAAGACGGCGAGCGCAAUGUGAUCAGCUCUCGAGUGGCGGAGAUGGACAGCUUGAUGCCGCGCUUCCUCGGCGUCUCCAAGGCUGUCCUUGAGAACGUCAUUUUCUGCCACCAAGAAGAUUCCUUUUGGCCAUUAUCUCAGCCUGCGGCUCUGAAGGAGAAGUUCGACUCCAUCUUCGAGGCGCAGAAGUACACGAGAGCGAUCGAGAGCAUCAAAGUCUUGCAAAAGAACAAGCGUCUGGAACUGAUUCAGCAGAAGGGCGAGGAGGACCAUAUGAAGGCUGACAACGAGAAAGCCAAGAAGCUUUCGAAGAAUUGGGAACGCCUUGAGAAGCAACUGGAAGAUCUCAAGUCGAAGAAGGACUACUUCUCCGACCAGCUGCGAGAAGCCGAGACAAAGGCAGAAGAGUUCUACACGAAGAUCGGCGAAGCGGAGACGGUAGUGGGCACGCUCAGUGGGAAACGCAUUGCUCGUGAUACCAAGGAGGAGAGCAUCGAGAGUCUCCGUAACCAUCUGACUGAACUCGACGCAUCCGAUGAUGAGCUUAAGCGCUCGUUGGCAGAGCAUGACGAACGAUUGAAGGUCUAUCAGACAGAUCUUGAGAAGCAGAGUUCAGCGUACCAUGAGCUUCUCGAAGACGCCGAGCAGAUAGAAAAGCAACUGGGCUCUAAAGAGCGCGAGCUGGGAUCUCACGAAGCUCAAAAGCAGAGCUUCGAUCGCCAGAUAGAGAGCCGCAAACGGCUUAUCCGAGAAACUGCACAAACCCACGAGAUUCGAGGGUUGACUCUCGAUAUUGAUGAAGCUCAAGUCAAAGACUUCAUGGAACGUAUCGCUAAGAAGGCGCAGGACAAGCAGACAGAGUUCGAGCAGGCACGCUCGGCCCUGCAAGACGAUCUCCAGCGCCAACAGAAGCGACUGACGAAGAUCAACGAGCAGAAAUCCGCCCACAAGCAGUCCAAGGAGACUGCGAGACAGGCGAUCACAUCAUACGAUCGCAAGAUCAGCGAUCUCCAGUCACGGCAAAACAACAUGGAGAUUGACGAGGGUGGAAAGGUUGUGCUAGAAUCUCAGCUUCGUGACGCGCAGCAGAAACUUACCGCCGCCAAGGCCGAGAUGGAGAACGCCUCCUGGGAUGCAGAUAUCGAGAGUGCUGAGCUGGAGCUGCGUACACUCGAAGAUCGUAAGGACAAGCUCGAGGCGGAAUUGCUCGAAGCAACACAGCGUGCGGGAGACUCAGCGCAGCUUGACUUUGUCCAGAAGGAACUCACAGCGCGCCAGCAGAGCCUAGAGACCAUGAUGAAAGCCCAUGGAGGAGCUAUUGGCACGCUUGUCGGACCGAGGUGGACUCCAGCGUCACUUGAAAAGGACUUUCAGCGUACUCUCGAGAACGCCGUCGCGCAGCUCAGUGAGGCCGAGCGUCAGCGCAAUGGCACAGCUCAGCAAGUAGAGUAUCAGAGCGCAAAGAUCAAAGAGGUGGAAAAGGAGCUGCAGUCUGCGCAUUCCGAGCUCAAGUCUGCCGAAAACGCUGUCACGAAGGUCAUCAAUGGCAGUCAGCCCCAAAAGUAUCACGAAAAAGUAGCAGAGCUGGAAAACCUUCGAGACGAUGUGAAGAUGGAGAAGGAAGCGUUCGACAAGGUUCAAAAGUACCUUGAGCUGUGCCGGAAGACUGGUGAACAACACAACUGUUGCUACACUUGCACCCGCCCUUUCAAGAAAGAAGAGCAAUUACAGGCCAUGUUCGCUCGGGUGAAGCGGGAAUUGGACAAAUACUGCACUGAAGCUCCAGAGGCGCAAAGCCUUGACGACAUUGAGCGGGAGCUCAGCGCAGCCAAAGCAGUCAGCUCGGAGUUUGACACUUGGGAGAGAAUGAAGAACAAAGUUAUUCCUGAGAAGCAGAAGGCGCUCGAGUCAAUGAACUCAGAACACGAUCAUCUCAACGGAGAGCUCGAAGACCGCGAUAAUGCCGUUCGUGACAAGAACAGUGCCAAAGCUGAGAUUGGUUCGCACUCGCGCACCGUACAAAGCAUCGUGAAGUACCACGCCGAAAUCGUCAAGUUCGAGGCUCAGAUUCAAGAUCUCACUGAGAAGCAGAAGUCGCAGGGUCUUUCUCGAGGUCUUGAAAUCAUUCAAUCCGACAAAAAGAAAGUGGACGAGCAAGCGAAGGCAGCAUCUACCCGCAAGCACAAUGCAGCUAGUGACCGCGAGAAGGUUCGGACACGCAUUAACAGCCUUGAACUCCAGAUCAGCAACACCAAGGGCAAGCUCAGCGCAGCCGAGUGGCAGCUGAAAGAGAAGAAGGACCUACACGCUCAGGAAGAAGAGUACAAGAACCUUAACAAGGAGCAGCGUGAGAAGAUCAGCACAGCAGAUGCCACGAUCAAAGACCUAGAUGCCGAGGAGAAGGCUGAGAACGCUAGAUACGAGGAUAUCGCAAGUCGCGGAGAAGAGAAGGACCGAAUCUUGCAGAACAAGGCGAACGACCUCACCAGCAGCGUCAACAAGCUGAAGCUGGCCGAUCAAGAGAUCCAGGCAUAUCACGACCGAGGAGGAGACGAACCUCUGAACCUAUGCCGACGCGAGAUCGAGAAUGUGAAGGCAGAGCUGGGGCGCAAGAAGGAAGAUGCCCAGGCAGUUGUCCGAGAGUGCAACGAGUUGAAGGAGAAGAUCAACAACUACGAUGCAGUCAAGCGCCAGAUUGGUGACAACCAGCAGUACCGUCGCGACCUUCGUGCGCUCCAGGACCUCCAGCGGGAGAUUGCUGCGUUGGAGCAGACAAACGCCGAAGCGGACAAGGAGCGCUAUGAGAAAGAAGUACGGCAAUGGCAGCUGCGUCGCAGAGAAGCUGCUCAACAGGAGGCGAGUCUUGCGGGCCAGAUCAAGUCCAUCGACGACCAGUUGGCUCAGGCCAUGAAGGACUGGGAUACAGACUACAAGGACACUGCCCGGAGGUAUAGAGAGGCCCAUGUUAUGGUUGAGACUACCAAAGCCGCCAUUGAAGAUCUCGGGCGCUACGCCGGAGCACUGGACAAGGCCAUCAUGAAGUACCACUCCUUGAAGAUGGACGAAAUCAAUCAGAUCGUUGCCGAGCUCUGGCGCAAGACCUACAUGGGCACUGAUGUUGACACCAUCCUGAUCCGCAGCGAGUCUGAAAGUGUCAAGGCCAACAAGAGCUACAAUUACCGAGUGUGCAUGGUGAAGCAGGAUACCGAGAUGGACAUGCGUGGCCGCUGCUCUGCGGGACAGAAGGUCCUGGCGUGCAUCAUCAUUCGCCUUGCACUGGCCGAAUGCUUUGGCGUCAAUUGUGGUCUCAUUGCACUUGAUGAGCCCACGACAAACCUGGACAGCGACAACAUUCGGGCUCUGGCGCAGAGCUUGUCUGAGAUCAUCCGACUUCGGCGGGCGCAGAGCAAUUUCCAAAUCAUCGUCAUCACGCACGACGAGGAGUUUCUGAAGCACAUGAACGGGUCUGAUUAUGUUGACGACUACUACCGGGUGUCGCGAGAUCAGAGACAGAACAGCGUGAUUGACAAGCAGCACAUCGGCGAGGUAAGUAUCCCACGACUGGGAUGAAGGACCGAGAAGCCGCUGACUUCAUACAGAUCUCGUAA